AUCAAUGGUCUUGUCCUGAGGAUGCCGAGGAAGAAGAGGCAUCCUGACAUCCUUUCCCAAACCAGGACAGGGCUAAGUUCUCGUCUCACUGCCCUCUCUCGGGAGCGGUUACUGCGUUCAGGGGAGUUUGGAUCAGCACAGAUCCGUUGUUUCAACCUCAAACUGUACAUUGUGGAGACUGAUGAACUUUUUGUAGUGCCUGAUUGUCAACGUGAAUUAACAAUAAAGAAUUUGAAGAGCCGACUAGAGCUGUUGGUUGGAAUACCCAUACAUUUCCAGCGACUUCAGUACCUGGAUGAAGUGGAUCUUGAUGAUGCGUCAACUAUAAAGCAGAACGAUAUUAUCCCGGGGGGAACUCUCACUCUGCGGAUCUGGUCAGAGGACGCUUGGGGACGCUUGGUCAUUGCAGCUGCAAAAGGAAAGAUUGGAAAGCUGCGGGCCAUAGGAGCUACGAACACCUCCACGUUUAGCACAGCCAAUGCGGAUCUCAUGGGACCGGAAGCGAAGAGCGAAUGGCUAGCACACCGAGCAUUUGUCGCCUUGUUUAUCACUGUGCGCCGGGGCCACUCGGAAGCUGUGGAAUUCCUGCUUCAAAAUGGUGCUGAUGUGAAACGUAAAACACCCCUGGGCCGAACAGCCCUUCAUGUGGCCGUCACCUCGGGCCAUGUUGACUGCAUAGACAUUCUUCUUAACUAUGGAGCCAGGGUGAACGAAGAAGACCAUGAAGGGUAUACUCCCAUAACCUUGGCUCGCCUGUGGGGACAGAAGGAUUGUGAGCGAAGGCUUUUCCGGUACCAGUGGAAGAUGCGGUCAGGUGGAACCAGCAAGCCCCGACUGGAUGAGAAAGUUGAAUCUUGAUUCUAUGCCUAAGAUGCAAAAGGUGGCACUCGGUGUGGGUUCUAACUACAUGUUCGUCUCCAAAAUGUGGGCUUCAAAUGGUUUAAA